AUGCAAUCAAAUAUAGUGAAGAUAAUGAAGUCUCAGAAAGCAAACAAGAAGGAAUUUGUCGAUCUUCUUAAAACCCAUAAUGAGAUGGAACAAACUUUGAAGAGGAACACGUACGAGUUUAAUACCCUCAAGAAGACAUACACCAAAUUUGAAAAGAACUUCUACAGACGACAUAGCGAUUUGAUCAACUAUGAAAGGGAAAACGCAGUUGAACUCCAUAAUGAAGUCAUGGAUGGAAUAAGCUUGCUUCGAAAUCAAAUGAUUGAGAUACAGGAUAAUAUGAGCAGAGCUGAUGCUAAGCGGUUGGAACAGGCUGAUUCCUUUUCUAGGAAGAUUCAGGCUGAAGAAGAUUCUAAAGCUGUUGCCGAUAAAGAGAAGAAUCUCAUUACCCAAGGCGAUGACAAUAUCGGCAGAAGAGGUGGUGGUGUUUCAACAUGCACCAGAUCAAAGCGAAAGCAAAUCAAUGAUGAUAGCGAUAGGCCAAUCAAAAGAGGCAGAGGUCGCAGCAGUGAUCGUGGUGGUAGAAGUAGUGGAGGUGAUCGUGGUGGUAGAAGUGAUGGAAGUGAUCGUGGUAGAAGAAGUGGCCGUGGUGGUCGUUCUCUCCCUCCGUUUUGA